CCCGCAUGCUCGUCACAUCGUCCAGCUCGCUGCGGUGCGCAGCGCCGAGCCGCCUGCCGUUCCUGGCGCCGGUGUGGCGGCGCUGCGCCUCGACGGUGACGGGCCCCGGCGGCGUGCGCAGCACCAUCCCCUCGAGCUCGCGCCCCGCCCGCUCCGGCGACGGCACGCGGCACAAGCACCUCGACGGCGACCGCGGCUACCUGGCCUUCACCAAGGCGUCGCUCUUCAAGCUCACACUGCCGCUCGCGCCGCCGUCGGGCGACCCCGAGUCGCCGGCGAGCAAGUCGAGCUCGGCGUCGGCACAGGCCGAGCACGCGGGCAGCACCGACAAGGGCAAAAGCACCUCGGCGACCACGCCCUGGGAGCAGCGCGUCGACGAGGGCCACAUCGUCUCGCAGGUCGCCAAGCGCGCCGAGCCGCGCCGCGACGACCGCCGCUCGCAGGACUCGGCCGUCGAGGAGCGCGGCUCGGACCGUGCCGAGGAUGAGUUUGAUGCCGAUGCGCCGGCGCACAGCGUCGUGUUCCUGCUGCAUGCCGGGCAGCCGCUGAGCUACGUCUCCAGCUUGAUCCGCGCCGAGGGACCGUCUGCCCGGCCGAUCCGCUCAGACAAGCACGGCGAGCACGAGCCCGGCACGCCGCCCAACGACACGCUCGACCGCGGCCUGCCGCCGAUCACAUUCCACACCCGCCCGCGCGACCCCAAGCGCUGGUCGCCGGCGACGGGCUUCGGCGACUAUCUGCGCGACGCCAGCCGGCUGGGCAGCUUCACGAUCCGCGUCGGCGAGCGCGAGAUCCUCGUCGACGUGCCGAGCUUCGAGGACCGCACGCGCUUCCUGCGCGGCAACCUGUAUGCCAAGAUGGAGGAAAUCGAGCGCAUGAGCCGCAUCAAGGCCGAGUGCGACAAGCUCGCGCACGUCGGCACGCGCCGCUUCGCCCUCGCCGGUGUCGGCGUGCUCGGCGCGUGGUGGGUCGGCGUGUGCUAUGCGACGUUCUUCACCGAGCUGGGCUGGGAUGCGAUGGAGCCGACCACCUACCUCGUUGGACUGGGCACACUCAUGGGCGGCUACAUCUGGUUCCUCACCCACAACCGCGAGGUCUCGUACCGCGCCGUGCUCAACGAGACGACGUCGAAGCGGCAGCAGUCGCUGUACAUCACCCGCGGCCUGAACCUGAAUCGCUACGAAGAGCUGAUCGAUGACGCCAAGGAGCUGCGCAAGCAGAUCAAGCGUGUGGCCGGCGACUACGACCUCGAGUGGGACCAGGGCGAGACAGCCUCGGCUGAGAAGUCGAAGCGGGCGCUGGACGUCGUGCGCAAGCGCGAGGCAGCAGAUCAGAACGGCAAGAAGAAGGACGAGGAUCACGACGACCACGACGACGACACGCACGAGGACAAGGACGCCGACGGCCAGCCCGACGCCACGCAGCGCCCGCAGCGGCAGAAGAAGGACGCGCGUGCGGCGCUCAAGGAGAAGAAGAGGGACGACUAG